AUGUCGUCCUCAGGAGCGCCCGCGGGAGUCGAUCUCACCGAGACUCGAGUUCCCGAGAUCAUCGGUGCGUUAGCGUCAACGUGGUUCAUGGCUGCCGGCGCGCUCGGCCUGCGGGUUUAUGCGAGGAAGAUACGGGGAGGAGAUUUUUGGUGGGAUGAUUAUCUGGCGUUUGCUGCCUUUUUAAUGGCCGGAAUACACGUCUGGGUUUCUAUUGGAUACAUGGUACCUCACGGAACCGGCAAACAUGUCUGGGCUGGGCCUGCGGAUGCGGCCAUGGUGUGGGCCAUCGGGCUCUUCAUCUCCGAGAUGGUGUACACGCUCACUCUUUGCUUCGUCAAAUACUCGACUCUGUGUCUCUACUGGCGCGUCUUUGCAACCAGCAAUCGUAACCGCAUCCCCAUCUGGAUCUUGGUUGGGCUAGUCACCGGCUGGGGAAUCGCCAUCCUCUUGUCAUCCAUCUUCCAGUGCGUUCCGUCGCAGUCAUGGUGGCAGCGUUUUGAUCCAGUCAACCCCAUGCCGCCGUCCGAGUACAACUGCGGCGUCGACAGCAGGAACUUCUUCAUCGGCAACUCCAUCCCGACCAUCAUUACCGACGUUAUGAUAAUUGCGCUGCCCAUCCCAUACGUCUGGAGCCUGCAAAUGCGCGUGGCGCAAAAGAUUGGUGUUCUUGGCAUCUUUCUGCUGGGUGCUUUAAACAACACCUCGCUAACAAAGCUUUUGAUAUCCGUCAGCGUCACCAUCAUCUCCAUGGUUCGUUUGAGCUACCUCCUUCAGCUGGAUCUAGAAUCCCCCGACAUCACCUGGAACUUUACCAACGCCGUCAUCUGGACCAAUCUCGAGGGCAACAUUGCCAUUGUCUGCUGCUGCCUCCCAACCCUCAAACCAAUCCUCAACAUGAUCGUGGACGGCAGCUUCUCAACCCGUCUGGGCUCGCGCAAGAACACGUACGCCAGCGGCGGCGGCGGCGGCGGCAACUCCAAGAACCUCGAGUCUAGCGGCGGCAACUCGUCUGCUCAGGGGGCCAUCAACCACCACAUUUCCGGGACCAACCACGACGACCUCGAGCUCCAGUCCGGACCUGGGAGCUACCUCGACGCGGACAAGCUGCCGACGACGGUUCGGGACGGCGAAACCCAGCGACCCUUUGCCUGGCUGGAUGACAAAUCGGCAAAGUCGGAAGACUACGACUCGAUGUCGACCGGUCAGCAUGAGCAGCAGCAUCAGCAUGGGGAGAGGAUCAACUGCAACAAGUCCGCCGUCGUGUCUAACCACAGGUCCAUGGGGCAAUCCCGCGUCCGGAGGGGUUCUAGGACCAGGAGCGAAAGGCGCUCGACGGACGGUGGGUCCAGCACCGAUGAGUUGGCGUCACCGGGGUGCUUGGGUGGCAUUACGGUCACGCACGAGGUGGAGGUUCAGAGGUGUGAUGGUUCCGGGAGGGACCUCAGGUCCAGGAGUGUGGUGCCUUUUUGA